AUGCGUUCCAUCAGAGCCAAUCGCCUCCCAUUGAGGCCCCUGCCUCGCUACACGUCCACGGCGUCUUCGUGCGCCCCCAAGACGACCGCCCUCAGCUCGGUGCUCAUUGCCAACCGCGGAGAGAUUGCCAUUCGGAUAAACCGCACCGCGGAGCGGAUGGGCAUCCGCGCCACCACCGUCUAUACGGACGUCGAUGCGGGUUCGUGGCAUGCCUCGACCGGAUACCAGUCCCUGGGGCUUGGCCCAGCCAGCGGCUACCUCGACGGAGACAAGAUCAUUGCGUUGGCCAAGAAGCACGGGAUCCAGGCGCUGCAUCCCGGAUAUGGUUUCCUGUCGGAGAAUUCUCAGUUCGCCGAGAAGUGUGAACGGGAAGGCAUUGUCUUUGUCGGGCCGCCCGCGACGGCCAUGGCUGACAUGGGCAACAAGGCAAGGAGCAAGGAGAUCAUGACGGCUGCCAACGUGCCCUGCGUUCCCGGCUACCACGGCCCGGAGCAGGGAGAGCAGGAGCUGCUUCAGUAUGCCAAGGACAUCACGUUCCCCGUCUUGUUGAAGAGUGUGCGUGGCGGCGGUGGCAAGGGCAUGCGAAUUGUCAUGACAGAGGACGAGUUCAUGACCCAGCUGAAGAGCGCCCGUGCUGAGGCUCGCGCCUCGUUUGGCGAAGGCGGCGAGGUGAUGCUGGUCGAGAAGUACAUCGUGCGGCCGCGCCACGUGGAGGUCCAGGUGUUCGCCGACAAGCACGGCAACACGGCAGCCCUCGGCGAGCGAGACUGCAGUGUUCAGCGACGACACCAAAAGGUCCUUGAGGAGUCUCCCGCCCCUGAUCUGGACGAGGCUACGAGACAGGACCUGUGGGACAAGGCUCGCAAGGCCGCUUCCGCCGUGGGCUACGUGGGCGCCGGCACGGUCGAGUUCAUCCUCGACAAGGACAGCGGCAAGUUCUACUUCAUGGAGAUGAACACCAGGUUGCAGGUCGAGCACCCCGUCACCGAAAUGGUCACGGGCCUGGACCUUGUGGAGUGGCAGUUCCGCAUCGCCGCCGGCGAGGAGCUGCCUCUGAAGCAGGCCCAGGUGGAGGAGCAGAUGAAGAAGCUCGGCGCGGCCAUCGAAGCCCGCAUCUACGCCGAGAACCCCGAGAAGGGGUUCAUGCCCGACUCCGGCAAGCUCGUCCACGCCGUGCUUCCCGAGUCCGUCCAGGCCGACCCGGACGUCCGGCUAGACUGGGGCUUCGGCUCCGGCAGCACCGUGUCAGAGGCCUACGACGGCAUGAUUGCCAAGCUGAUUGUGCGCGGGGAGAACCGCGAGCAGGCCAUUGCCAAGCUGGCGGCCGCUCUGCGCGCCUUUGAAAUCGUCGGCGUCAGCACCAACGUCGAGUUCCUCAAGCGCCUGUGCUACUCGCCCGCCUUCAUCGAGGGCGAUGUCGAGACCGGCUUCAUCGACAAGUGGCGCGACGAGCUCUUCAAGCCCAGGCACAUCGGCGACGAGCUCUUUGCCCAGGCCGCCUUGGGCGUCCUGAGUCUGCAGCUGAACGGCGCCGAGCCCCACGGCCAGACCCUCGGCUUCGGCGAUGCCAGCGCAUCCAGCGAGCGCAAGCUGGCUUUCAAGGUCCUCGACGGGUACAGCGAGAAGGAGGGCGAGAUUGUCGAGGCGGCCGUCACCCAGACCGGGCACAACCUGUACAAUGUCACCGUCUCGCGAAAGGGACAAGAGGCCCCCGCCGUCUUUAACAACGUUGCCUCCGAGCAUACUCCAGAGGGCGCCGUCAUGAAGCUGCAGACUUAUUUCCCUGCCGAGAGAAUACUGUCCUCUGUUGUCCCGCAGACGCAGGACAACGACACCAAAAUUACCGUGUUCCAGCAUGGUGUCAAGACUGAUCUUUCUUUGUUGCCGCCUUCGUGGUAUGAGAAGGCGCUGGGGCUGAAGGAAAUUGCCGCCUCGGUGGUUGCUCCGAUGCCCUGCAAAAUUUUGAAGAAUGAAGUCGUCGAGGGUCAAGAGGUCAAGAAGGGAACACCUCUUGUAGUGUGA